ACGAGGAAGCAAAUGCAAGGUCCAGGAAACCUAGAUCAUGGAAAGUUAGGUCGUGAAAAGCUAGCUCGUGGAAAGCUGGCCGCAAGCAAGGAAGCCAGACUCGCAGGUGAACACGAAGUCGUAGAGUGUGAGAAGCACUCACGGACCAGACGGAACGCAGCAGACAAGCAAAUGGGUUGCCGGAAAGAGGGGGGAGGAGAAGCGGGGUGAAAGAAAGAGUGGGAACGGGAGAAAGGCAGGGAAAGGCCGGAGAAAGCACGCGUGUCAGGAGAAACCUCAAGAGCACAGGUGCAAUGGAGUGCUUGGGCGGGGAGAUAGGCGCACUCGCAGCUCAGAAUCACACGGGAAGGCAAACAGCAGUACAGAUUGUGUACACGAAGUGGGAGAAUCGGGAGAGACCUCGCCUGACGACAGGUCGGACCUUAAAAAGAGGCAACGGCUCGGCUGUUGCCCUCUACCGUGUGGGGAAGAAACGCCGGGAAAGGCAAGUUCGAGUAGAGCUGGCGAUAUAUCCACAAGAGGCACUAGCAUCAACGAAGGAAGAAACCCCACAGGGGAUGCGGAGCGGCAAACGUGAGGCAGACGAAUUGGUGACCGGGGAAAAUUGGAAAAGACCGAGAUCCACUGGUGAAAACCAAAGAAAUCACGGACCCUCCUUCACUCCCGACACCUGGACCUGGCGGGCUUUAUCAGAACACGCACACAACGAGCACGGAGGGGCAAGAAACUGCAGAGGUCAGGAACGGGAGGAAAUCAACAGCGUCGAGAAGAGCGGGAGAGCCAACGCCGCGCUGCCGACGUCACUCCCAUUCGUUCGUAAGAAAUGCGCUCGCCGGCCGCUUCCUUGUAUCUCAGUGCACAACAACAAAAGCCCAGGACGAAGCGAGACUCGCAUGUGAUUGCGAAAAAAGACAGCCAGGACGAACACAGUGGAGAGAGACACGCAAGAGCAAUUUCGGGUGAAUGCCUUGCUCCCGCAGUGCCGGACAAACGGAGAUUCUUCGGUGGCGUACUGAAGGAUGACGGUGAAUGCGAGACAGAGGAAUGCCGCGGCAAACGUUCACCGAUUGUGAAUACUCGACGGACAAAGAAAGGACGGCCUCAAGAAAGCCAGCACAGCAGCGCGGAUGGUGAUUGGUGUCCUCCUUCCUCCGUUAACAAAAUACAGGACAGACGGUCACGGAAACAAAUGUGAAACAGAAGGCUGAGAGAUCAG